UCACGCACGAGUGAUUUCCCGGCUAAAUUAGACUACUCAGUUGCUUAUGGAAGAGAAUCUUAUAACAACGAGGUAACUUAUAAGCAUGGAGGAGGAGGGGGACUCGAUCGUGAUUUCGGGGGUCUCCUGUCGCCUCCCCGAGUCGGAUAAUGUGGAGGAAUUCCGAAAUAAUCUGAUAAAAGGACAGAAUAUGGUCACCCACACAAGGAAUGCAGAAGAUAUUGCUCCUCCAUUUGGUGGCACCAUCAGAGAUUUGACCAGAUUUGAUGCUGGGUUUUUUGGAAUCCCUCCCAAACUGGCUAAUGUUAUGGACCCCCAGUUAAGGAUGUUGCUGGAGAUUACAUAUGAAGCAUUUGUUGAUGCUGGAGUGAGUACUGAAGUGAUGAGGGGUUCUAACACAGCUGUUUUCAUUGGAUGUGGACUGUCUGAAGCAUUGGAAGCAUAUGUCAGUGAUCCAGAUCAUGUCAAUGCUUAUGCUCCCAUAGGAUCCAGUUCCAGCAUGCUUGCCAACAGGAUUUCUUAUGCUUUUGACUUGAAAGGUCCUAGUUAUGCCUUCAGAAAUGGAAGUGGAACCAGUUUUUUGGCACUAGAUAGGGCUCUCGCAAGCAUACAACAGGGUCAGUGUGAUGCCGCUGUUGUUGGAGCCUGUAAUCUGUGUAUGAAAGUGGCCACUUCCUUCCAGUUGAUGAUGCUAGACUUGUUGUCUCCUGAUGGAAGAUGCUGUUGUUGUGAUGCCAACAGUUGUGGUACAAAUAGAAGUGAUGGGGUGGUUGUCAUGUUGCUUCAGAAGCGCAGGUCUGCCAAAAGAAUCUACUCCACCUUAAGAUGCCUCAAAUGUUCCUCCAUGAAAAAACCAUAUUACCCAUCACACGAAGAGGAGACGAAGCUUUUAAAGGAAGUUUAUGAAAAAGCUAACGUUGAUCCAACUAAAGUGAGCUACGUUGAAAUCAAUGGCAGUUGUAAUAUUAAGGCGGAUGCACAGGAAGUGAACAGUGUAGCAGACAUAUUCUGCAGAAACAGGGAAAAACCUCUGAUGAUUGGUUCUGUCAAGACAAAUGUCGGAGACACAGAAACUGCAUCAGGCCUAGUCUCUAUUCUCAAAGUGUUGCUAGCAGCUCAAGAUGGGAUGAUGCCUGCGAAUCUUCAUGUCAACUCCCCUAGCAUUUUAAUUCCAGCUCUCUCAGAUGGACAAAUAAAUUACCUCACUGAGAGAACUAGAUGGUCACCUGCAAUUGUAGGUGUCAACUGUUAUGGAAUGGGACAUUUGAAUGGUCACUGCAUACUCGACUUUACGCAAAAUCCCUCUCAUGUUGAAAAAUCAAGGGAGAAAAGGUUGGCUGUUUUUUCUGCUACUACAGAACAUGGAAUUAGAUCAAUAUUAGGACACAUAGAAAAAAACUUGGCAAAUUUAGCUCUUCAUAGCCUGCUGAAUGAGAAUUCCAAAUCUCCUCCAGUCCAGCAUCAGUUCAGAGGUUUCACCAUACUGAAUUCAAUGCUGAAAUGUCAAGAAGUACAGAAGUGUUUGGACACAAACAGACCACUCUGGUACAUUUUCUCUGGUAUGGGAUCACAGUGGCCCUCAAUGGGGAGAAAAAUGAUGCAAAUGAAUAUCUUCAAGCAGUCUAUUAUGAAUUGUGACUCCAUUCUACAACGUCACGGAGUAUCUCUCUAUGACGUCAUCAUGAAAGGUGGAGAUAGUAUCUAUGACAAAUGUCUGAAUUCUUUUCUUGGGAUCACUUCCAUCCAGAUAGCCAUUGUGGACAUGUUGAGAAGCAUUGGUUUGGAGCCAGAUGGAAUAGUGGGUCACUCUGUGGGGGAGCUGGGGUGUGGUUAUGCUGAUGGGUCCCUCACUGCCGAGGAGACUUUGCUAGCUGCUUACUGGAGAGGGAGGUGUAUUUUGGAGUCAGACCUCCCCACAGGUGGAAUGGCAGCAGUUGGUCUCACUUGGAAAGAAGCCAAGGAGCAGUGUCCCUGUGGAGUGGUUCCUGCUUGUCACAACACUGAGCACACGGUCACCAUUUCUGGACCACUGAAGGAUGUGCAUGAUUUUGUCAAGAGCUUGAAGGAAAGAGAGGUGUUUGCCAGGGAAGUCAACAGCUCUGGGGUAGCUUUCCACUCCUACUUCAUGGAGAAAGUUGCUCCAUUGAUAACAGAAAGACUGAAAGAGGUAAUAGUGCCAAAGAAGAGGAGCAAGAAGUGGAUAAGUUCAUCCAUUCCAGAAUCUGAGUGGUCUUCAGAUCUUGCUCAGAUGUCAUCUGCUGAGUACAUUGCCAACAAUGUGACACACCCAGUGUUAUUCCAGGAAGCUUUGAAACACAUUCCAGAUGGCGCUGUUGUCCUGGAGAUAGCUCCUCACUGUCUGCUGCAAGCUGUACUGAAGAGGUCGCUGGGGUCAAAGUGCACAGUCAUACCUCUUAUGAAGAAAGACCAUGAGGAUAAUUUGGAUUUCUUUUUGUCUAACAUUGGGAGGUGCUUUAACUGUGGCAUCAACAUCAACCCUCUUGGGAUGUUUAAACCUCCCACCUUCCCUGUCCCCUCAAACACCCCAAACCUUUCUUCCUACAUCAGAUGGGAUCAUUCCACCUCCUGGCAGAUUCCUCAGCCAGAGGACUUUCUCAGUGGGCAGUCUGGUCGGCAAACAGAGGCUGUAUUUGAAAUUGACAUCUCAACCGAGAGUAGAGACCACUUCCUGUUGGAUCACUGUAUUGAUGGCAGGGCUCUGUUUCCAGCCACAGGAUAUCUGGUACUGGGCUGGAAGAUCCUGGCUAAAUCAAAGGGACUGCUCUAUGAUAGAAUGUCUGUGGAGUUUAAGAAUUUCAGUAUACACAGGGCUACUGUUCUUCCUACCAUAGGUGUGAUUAAGUUUACAGUCUCUUUAAUACCUUCUACUGGGGAGUUUGAGGUUUGUGAGGGAGGGACCUUGGUGGCCAGUGGGGUGGUGGAGACCCCUUAUAAGCCCCUUACAACACUGAGUGAUGAAACAGAGUAUGUACUGUCACCAAGUAAACAGACAAAAAAUGUUACCCCAGAACUAACAUUGGAGGAAGUCUACAGGGAGUUUAAACUUAGAGGGUAUGAAUAUGGACCCAAGUUUUGUGGAAUACUCAAAGCCACAGUAAAUGGAGAAGAAGGGCACCUGUUAUGGGAGAAUAACUGGGUGGCUUUCCUUGACAGCAUCAUGCAGAUGAGUCUUUUGAGUCAGCCAGGGAAUCAUUUGAUCCUCCCCACUGGGGUAAAGUAUUUGUCGAUCAACCCAGUGCAACACAAGAAUAAAGUCCUGCCCAUUACUGGAAACAAAAGUGGAGUAUUGGUGAAAGUUUAUAAGUAUGCUGAUACCACAGUUUCUGGAGGAGUAGAAAUGCAGGGCUUGAUCACCAGGAGGGCACCUUCCAGGAAGGUCUGUGAACCCCCAGUCCUAGAGGAGCAUGUUUUUGUACCGUACGUAGAGGAGGGUUCUGAUGCCUUAGUCUCGACAAGUCUGCAGAGAUAUUGUCAACUCUGUGUUGAUCAAGUGAAACAGGUGCUGAAGAAGUUACAAAAUCAAGGAUUGUUGACACAGGAGUAUUCUUUUCUGUCUUCCUGCAAUGAAGAGUCAAAGGAAGUAGAUAUCAAGCAAAGGGAAGAAGACAUUCAGUUUUUCAGGAAGAAGAAGAACUGUGUUUUACUACAGACAUUACUGAAGGUGAAUUCUGUGGACCAAAAUGAUAAAUUUAUGACAAAUGUUAAGAAUAUUCUCUCUGCAUUUAAAGUUGAUCUGUUAAAUGACAGACUAUUGUCAAAUCACUUGCAAGCAAGAUCUUUGAAGACAUGCAUUGACGUAGCAAUAGAAAACUCAGCAAAUCAUCUGAAAGUUCUAGAGGUACAGAUUGCUGAAGCAGGACUUUACAAACAAGUACUGAAUUACCUGAAGGUUUCCCCUGGUCUACACUACAGCUACACAGUGGCUAGUGCUUCAGUGAAAAGUAUUAUUGAGUCUGAAAUUACCUCAUCAGAGAUUGAUUCAAUUCAGUGGGAUAUUGGAGAGAAACAUGUGAAAGAGGAGGAAUAUGAUUUGGUAAUUGUCAGUGAUAUUUUGCAUGAACAGAAAAAUGUGGAAAAGGCAGUAGCAAAUCUUCAUCAAGUGAUAAAAGAAAAUGGCUUUCUAUUGCUUACUGAAAUUACCCACAAUGCAAUUUUGCCAAAGACUUUGGACAUCAUUAAUUCUACCUCCAAAGAACCUGUAGGGGAACCACAAUACAUGUCUGAGACAGAGUGGGAGAAAUUGUUUGAGAAGAGUGGUUUUUGUCUUGUUGCUAAAAAGAGUGAUUGUCUGUUGAUUACCACUUUCUUGCUCAGAAAGACGUGUCAAGAUGUUGAGGGAAAAUUUUUAUCGGUAAGUGGCUCACAUAGCUCAUGGCUUAGCAGUCUGAAAGAAGAAGUAGCAGCCAUUCAAGAGAAAUCCUGUGGAUUUAAUUUAUGGCUGACUACUGAUUCACUGGAGCCUUCUGGCAUUGUGGGAAUGGUCAACUGUCUGAGGAAAGAGCCAGGAGGGGAGAGAGUGCGGUGCAUUUACAACAUGGAUCACAGUUCAACUCUUACUAAGGUGCCAGAGAAAUUGAGGAGUAAAGAUUUGGUAAUGAACAUAAUGAGAAAAGGAAAAUGGGGUUCUUAUAGACAUGUUCCAGUCACAAAUGAAAAUUGGGUGCCCAAAAAGAGUGAUAGGUGUUUUUUGACACAAGCCCAGUCUGGCAAGGGCUUUGUGUGGAGAGAGCUGCCAAUGCAGCCAGAGAACAAGACAGAAGAGACAGAGGUGUGCCAGGUGUUUUAUGCUUCACUGAACACAGAGGAUCAAUACAAAAACCAAAGAGGACCAGGACUGGGAAGCGAGUUCGCAGGAAUCGCCAGCAGUGGACGAAGGGUCAUUGGGCUACACCAUCCAGCAGUGGCAACAGUUGCAGUUGUAAAGAAAAAGUUUUUAGCUGAUGUACCAGAAGAUUGGUCUUUGCAAGAGGCUUCCUGUACAUUAUGGGCUUAUGGGAUAGCUAUCAAGGCUCUGAUCUUGGAAGGAAACGUUUCUGCAGGAUCACGAGUGUUAAUCUGUGAUGGACAGACUGAUAUUGGUAUAGCUGCUCUGUCAGUGGCCUGCAAUUUGAAUUGUGAUGUUUUCGUUACUGUCCCCACAGCAGAAAAGAAAAAAUACAUCCAGACCUUUUUUACGAAACUGAAUCCGAGCCAAGUGGUUGUUGUAGAUGAACAUUCCAUGCCUGAGUUUGAUAUCUUAAGGCUCACUGACGGGCAAGGUGUAGAUCUUGUGAUGAACACGGUAUUGGACAGAUCCUUAUCUGUUGAUGUCAGCAUUUUGUCCUCUGGAGGAAAAGUGAUGGAUUUUGCUCAAAACACUAUGCAGAAAAAUGUGGUCAGAAUAGUUGAUGCUAUGGAGUGCAAUAGAUUGAACUUAGAAAAAAUAAAAAUGGAUGAUUUUGAAGUGAUAUGGGAACACUUUUCUAAUGGAAUAAAGUCAGGAGCAUAUAAGCCAAUCCCUCACAAAUGCUUUAACAGUGAUGACAUACAGAGAGCUAUGGCAGAUCUGGAAUCAAUGAAGGGAUAUCAUUCUAAAACUGUUAUUAAGAUCCGGGAUGAGAAAGACCAAGUUGACAAGCCUGUGAACCCAACAGUAAAACCAGUACAAAGCAAAGCUAGAUGUAAUCCUAACAAAAUCUACAUAAUUACUGGAGGACUGGGAGGUUUUGGUUUGGAGCUGGCCAACUGGUUAGUAGAUAAAGGAGCCAGAAAACUGGUUCUAACAUCCAGAUCUGGAAUCAGAAAUGGGUACCAGGCAAGAAAGGUAAAGCUUCUGAAGGAGCAGGGAAUCAAGGUGUAUGUGUCAACUGAAGACAUGACAUCAGAAGGAGGCUGUCGCUCCCUGAUAGAGGAGACCAUGAAACAAGGACCUGUGGGUGGAAUAUUCCACCUGGCAAUGGUGUUGAGGGAUGGUAUGCUUGAAAACCAGACCAAUGAAAAUUUCAAAGAUGUCCUUGAUCCAAAGGUUCUGGGUAUUGUCCAUCUGGACAACUGGAGCAGAACUCUAUGUAAGGAUCUGGAUUGGUUUGUUGUGUUCUCCUCAGUGACCAGUGGUAGAGGGAAUGCUGGGCAGGCAAAUUAUGGUUAUGCCAACUCAUUUAUGGAGAGGAUCUGUGAACAGAGACAAGCAAAUGGAUUUCCAGCACUAGCUAUUCAGUGGGGUGUGAUAGGAGAUGUGGGUGUGGCAGUGGAGAAGUUUGGGACCAAGGUAACAGCUGUUGGAGGGACCCUACCCCAGAGAUUGUCCUCAUGUCUGGAUUCCCUUGACCAGUUCCUCUGCCAGUCUAAACCAGUGGUAUCCAGUUUUGUUCCAGCUCCAGUGGCCAUGAAAGCAGGAGCACAGGAAAAGCAAUCCGAACGAACAUUAAUGGAGUCUGUUAUGAAAGUCUUGGGUCUACAAGGUCUUGCAGCUUUGAGACCAGAGUCUACACUUCUAGAUCUUGGUAUGGAUUCAUUAAUGGGAGUAGAAAUCAAACAAAUCAUGGAGAAUCAGUACAACAUUGACCUGUCUCUCCCAAAUAUCAGAAAACUCACCAUCCAAAAACUCCAGGUGAUGUCAGAGGCCAAGAGGGGGGGUAAACAAGAGACUGAUGUCAACCUUAAUGAGGUCAAGGAGGAGAAUUCAAAUAUAGAUAUAAAGCUAGAGGAGUCAAGUUCAUUCAGCAUUCCCAUGGAUUGCACUGUUCAGCUAUCUCCAGGACAACAGGACAAAACCUCCAUUAUCAUCCUACAUGGCUUAGAUGGUUCAUUUGGGUCAUGGAAAACACUUGGUCAGUUCUUAGACAAUCCACUGUAUGGUGUUCAGUGUACCCCUACAACUCCUUUGGUGUCCGUGAAAGCAAUGGCAGGAUUCUAUACUGCGAAAUUGGCUCCUCUUUUGGAGAAGGGAUGCUUCCUUGUUGGUGUGUCCUAUGGUUCUCUGUUGGCUUUACACAUUGCACAGAUGGUCAAGUCUUGCUGGAAGGCUGCUGUUUGUAAGAUAGUGGCUAUAGACAGCAGUCCUGAGAUACUGCCCAGUCUGUGUGGACAGCCAUUGAGGGAACAGAGGGACCUAAGUGCCAGUCUGUGUGAUGAUGUCAUACUAAGGAGCUUCCAUCAACUUGUUGGACUGGACACAUAUAAUUACCAAAUGGAGACUUCCUUGCAUGAAAAGCUGAGACAAACAGUCCAUGCUGUGAUGGAUGCAGGCCUGGUGACCAGUGCUCCUGAUGCUUCAUACACCAUACAGAACUACCACAAGAGGGCCCUGAAUGCCAUGCACAACCAGUCCCCAUCUGUACAGUGUGAUGUCAUUCUCAUAAGACCUCAAAAUUCGGAGUUUAAAUUUUGUCAAUUGUAUAAUGACUACAAAUGGAAUGAGUACUGCAAUGGAAAGGUGACUGUUCACAAGGUUGAAUUCAGACAUGAAGAGCUUGGCAAGAAUAAAGAGUCCAUCAAAGAAGUGGCUGACAUUCUCAAACUCUCUCAGUUUAUGGACAGUAUAUAAAAUAUUUUGUCAUCAUCAGCCAAAAAUAAUAUGUGCUAAUUUGUUUGCUGAAUUAUUUGGUGUGUAAAGAUCAUUAAAUUUGCAAAUUUCUUCAGAAAACAGUUGUAAAAUUUAUUAAAACAUAUUAAGUACAGA